GCUCAGUGAAAGGAGACAGACCUUCUGCUCCUCUACCCGUCGACUUCCGGGCCUCUUACGCCUUCCCACACCACAGACCACACCAUGAUGCGCCCGAGGUUAAGGAUACCGCUGCGGUCACGGGUGAGCGCGCCCUCCCAGUCGACCCUGCUGCCGCUGGCCUGCCGGACAAGGUCACUGCACUCGCUCGUUCCGCUCGAGUACGACUUGCAGGGCGGGGCCACCGAAAAGGGCAUCGCCGACUUCCUGUCACCCGCCGCCUUCAACAUCGCCUGGAAUCAGUACCAGACACACCUCCUCGCGAGAUUGAACGCCCUGGUAGCAGACUACCCCGAAUUCCAAUCCCGCCACGUCAAGGACAUCAUGCUCCGCACAGCCCGCGAACCCAGCAUGGCGACCAUCUUCAACCACGCCAGCAUGAUCCACAACAACCACUUCUUCUUCAAGCACCUCUCUCCCAACUCCGUCGCCAUACCCGAGACCCUCCGCAGCCAUCUCGAGAACUCGUUCGGCUCCAUCGAGACCCUGCGCAGGGAAAUGGUCUACACGGCGGUGAACAUGUUCGGCCCAGGCUUCGUGUGGCUCGUCAAGACGGCGCAGCCGGGUCUCCCCGUCGCGUUCAAGGUCCUCGCCACCUACGCCGCCGGCUCCCCCUACCCGGGUGCGCACUGGCGGCGGCAGUCGGUCGACAUGAACACCCUCUCCCAGCCCGUGCACCGCGAAGCCGACUCAGGCGCCGCGCAGGCGUCGGCCCUCGAGGCGGGCAAAGCCUACCUGGACGCGGCGGCGUUCGGCGCCGGCAAGAAGGACACGGCCACGGCCAAGAAGGUCGAGCACGCGCCCGGCGGCACCGACCUGCUGCCCGUGCUGUGCAUCAACACGUGGGAGCACGUCUGGCUGUGGGACUACGGCUUCGGCGUCGGCGGCCAGGGCGGCAAGCUGGGCUACGCCGAGAAGUGGUGGAAGCAGAUCAAUUGGGAGUUGGUGCUGAAGGAGGCGAAUAUUCAGAGGCAUCAGAUGUCGGCCGGCACGGGCGCGCCGGCGGCUGCAGAGGCGGCGGCAUAAAAUGAAGGGGGUAAUGUCUGAUUCGUGAUGGGGCAUGAACUGUACAAUAUGGAUUGGGAAAGCACAAAGGCCUAUUUGCCGUUCCUGGGGUGCAUCCGGAUGUACUUGUACACAAUAGACUCGUUGAGUGUAAGACGCGAC